GUAUCCUAACAUCCAUAAAUAUAGAGCGAGGAAAAUGAGCAGCUUAGAAGCAAGCUAAAGAACUUUGAUGAUUACGAUGAAAUUAAACGAGAAUUGCAGAUUAUGAAGUAUGUUGAAUUCUCUACGGGAGAAGAUGAGUUUGAUGCAAACGAUGUGCUCAAGAAAGAGAUGACUAAGGAUAGCUUGGAAGUUCAGUUGAUGGAAAAAAACAAGCGUCUUGAGAGUGAAUAUACCCAGAUGAAAGUGUCUUAUGCAGAUAUAAAGAAAGAGAAUGAAAGGAAUAUAAAGCUAACCGAAGAACUGAAUACGAAAAUAGCAGAGCAAACAAAGCUUGUUCAACGAUUGGAGGAGGACCUACUUCGACUUGGUCAAAAAACAGAUCAACCUGAUACGUUUACAGCUAGUAGAAAUGGGUCAAGCACAAAUCUUGCUACCCUAACAACAGAGCAUACGCCUCGACAGAGCUUAGAAAGUAUACGAGAAGACAAGAGCAUUUUGCCCAUUGUGAUGAGUCAACGGGACAGAUUUAGACAAAAGAAUGCCGAACUAGAAGAGCGUUUAAAAUCCUUGGAGACUGCUUUACAAGAAGCUAAUAUGGAAGUGAGCAGCUUAAAAUCAGAUAAUUUGAAGCUGUAUGAAAGACUCAAGUUUGUUCAUGUUUGGAAAGAGGGGCAACAGGAAAGAAAUGACUCGAUUGCUCUUAAUAUGGGCAGUGAAUCUUCAACGAUACCGUCAAUGAGACAAUUUAAAAGAACCAAACUAUCUGACGAUCCUGCUGAUAAAUAUAGCAGAUUAUAUGAAGAGAGUAUGAACCCAUUCACGCAAUUUCAUAGAAAGGAAGAGAUUCGUCGGUACAACGCGCUUAAUCCUGCUGAAAAGUUAACCCUCAAGCUUACACGCGUCCUGUUUUCACAUAAAUGGUCAAGAUACUUUUUCAUUGUUUAUUCUUUAUUGUUACAUCUACUCGUAGUUGUCACUCUGUAUCAGCUAAGCUUAUGGGAAUGCCGACAUGAUCAUGAAGCUAUCAACUUUCCUACAAAUAAUGAUGAUGCUUUGUCUGGCAAUUAAUAAAAGAAGGGGGAAAUUACCCAAAAAGGAGCGAAUCAAUUUCAAUCAUCUGAGCGGGACUAUUUUUGAAAUGUGUGUAUCAACAGAAAAAGCAUGC